AUGACAACUCACAAACCAACACCGACAAUCCUCCUCCCAAACCUCCCCCCAAAAACCCUCGUUGGCAUCGACCUGAUAACUUUCACCUCAACCGCAAACUUCCACGGCAUCCGCGACCUCCCCCCAGGCUGGCACUUCCUCUACACAGGCGCAACAGAAAACCUCUCCAUCCGCAGCGGCGCAUGGUUCUACAUCGGUGACAUAAACACUGCAGGCAAAGGACGCAAUGAUACGGGACUCGUACCGCAAAGCCAAACACAGCGGCAGAACCAUCUCGCGCCGGAAAUAUACAUCUGGAAAUGGAGUGCCAAUUCCGAAUCUUUACUUUCGCUGAAUGGAGAGAGCGAUUCUGUUCGGCAGGAAGCUAUGCGAUACAAGGCUAAUCUGGGUGCCGUUUGGCAGAGUGGGGGUCUGUUUCGGUAUCGGAGUCGGAUUUCGAGGUCUAUGCUUGUUAAGCCGAAAUCUGAGGCCGAGAAGAGUGAAGACCGAGGUGAUGGUCAAGAUAUUGAUCAGGAACCGGUUUGGGCUCAGUCUGCGGCUCAGGUUGAGGAUGAGGAGGAGACUGAGGAGAAUGGGCGGAGGGAUUGGUCUGGGUUGACGGAUCGAAUCUCACCGGCCCUGUUAUCGCGCGUUAUUGGGGAUCCUGAGGUGGAUGUUGAUGGUCAUCCGCGAUGGGUGUUGACGUCUGCUUCUACGGCUAACCGUGAUGCGGACCAUAUUCCUGGUGUUGACUCGCCUGCAGAAGGCACGGAAGGUCCCGAGACAGGCGAAGAACAGGAACGGGAAUUCGGGUUUCUUCCAAUUGAUCUGAAGCGGACGUGGAGAGAAGGUGCUGUUGGGCGUGAGAGGACAGAAGCUGCGCAGGACCGGUCUUGGGCUCUGGGAGAGCUGAUUGAUCGGUAUUCUGGGGAUGCUUCUGGGGGGAACCAGGUACUUGGAGAGCUGCAGCUCACGUUCCUUAUGGUGCUUACUAUGAUGAACUACUCGUGUCUUCAGCAGUGGAAGAGGCUUCUUGAGCUCAUUCUCACAUCUCGGCGGGCAAUUCUCGAUAGGGACGAGUUUAUGAGUGAGGUUCUACGGUUACUGGCUUUACAGCUGCAGCGGUGUGAUGAUGUUGAUGGUGGACUUUUCGAGAUUGAUGCAUAUGAUGGCGGAGCGUUCUUGCGCAAGCUUCUCACGAAGCUUCGACAAUCUGUUGAUGAGCUUGUUGGCAAUAGACAAGAUUCCAUGGUCAAAAUUGAGCUUGACAAGCUUGAGGAAUGGCUGAAGAUUGAAUAUGAUUGGGAGCUGCAUCGCGAAGCCAUUCUCCGCCGGGGUAUGCUUCAACUGGAGGACGGCGAGGAAGUGGAGAUGGACAUGGAGGAGAAUGAUGAAGAUGAGGAGACUGGAGAAUAUGCUCCUAUGAUCGUUGAUCUAGGAGACGGAGAUUUGCAUGCAUAA